UUUAUUAACACUUAACAGUAAAUAUGGUGUGCUGCAUUUUCUUUCUAUGUAUCUAUUUACGUGUAUCUAUCUAUUCAUUAUCUUAUUUUACCUUACUAUCCCGUGGGGAUCCGGGUUAGAAUAAGUCCACAGUACCCCUUGCUUGUCGUAGAAGGCGACUAAAUGGGGCGGGCCAUCGGAUGAGACCGCAAAAACCGAGAUACCGUAUCACAGCAGGUGUGGCAUGAUAAAGAUCCCUCCCUGCUCAAAGGCCAAAUGCGCCGAGCAUAGGCCUAAAUUUUGCAGCCCUUCACCGGCAGUUGUGACGUCUCCAUAUGAGUGAAAUAUUCCCUAGAGGGACGUUAAACAAUAAUCAAUCAUCAAUAUUUUACCUUACAUGAAUUAAGAUUAAUUGUAGACUCUCUUUUACAAUACGAAAUGUCAUAUGAUUUAAUCUUUGCUGUGCUACACUUCAAUGUUCGGUGGUCUCAUCAGUAACGGUGACUAGUAUCCAAGUCUUGUAGGUUCGAUUAGACAAUUAGACAUGUACGUUCUUUGUAUGAUUAGUGCUUCUUGGUUUGAGGACAGAUGAAUGUAAUGUAUGUCAAUAUCAAUAGUAAAUGUUGUCGUUUGUACAGUUUUGAUUUCUUUUUUUAUGUUAUUUUAUAUUUUUACAUCUUUUAAAUUUUUUUCUUAUAGUACAAGAGGAAACAUGGCAAAUUCAAAAGGACGGGAACAUCUUGAACUCUUUCCAUGCUCCGUAUAUGCGAGCCCAGGAAGCUAUGUCGCAUUGAAGACAACUCUUUCUCCUUUCAACAACACUGCAAUAUUCACGUGGACACGUUGUGUCAACAACAUUUUUAAAAAACUGGACACAGGUUCUUCAAAAUAUCAUGAAUGUAUAUGUCAAAAAGAUACGCCUUCCCUUGUUAUAAAUGAUAUUGAGCCUGAUGAUGAAGGCCAGUAUCGAGUAGAAGUGACCAUUCCAAAUAAGAAUAUCCACAGCAACGUUGUGUCCAUUUUUGUCCUUGGAGAUGAAAAUACUUUAUCUGACGAAGAUUUGAAUUUGCUGCGGUACAGAGAAUGUCUGCCCAUUGCACAGGAAGCCUUGCGGUGUUUUUUUGAUAGUUGGGUUCCUCCAAAUAGUCUUACUAGCCACCUUGCCACAUACAAACAGAAGCUGGUCCAUACAGCACCGUGGAGAUGUACUCCAGAUCAAGAAAAAGUUUUAUAUCCAGGUCAGGGAGCUAUUGUUAAGUCCGAACAAUUUGAUAUUCCACUUUUAUAUAAACUUCUACGGAACACAACAAGCUUACCCACACCAAGAGGUACCUGGAAAAGUGACCCUCCAAUAUCUUAUAUAAAUCCGGAGGAUGAUGUUCAGAGAAUCCAUCUUUACCGGAAUCGGGUGUGCCAUUCUAGCAGCAUCGUGGGCCUGUCGGGUGAGAAGUUUGAGGAAAGAUGGAUGGAUCUUACCAUGGCUAUGGAUAGACUAUGUAAAGGGACAUUACGGAAGCGGAUAUGUCAGUUGCGACAUAGAAAAUUUGAGUCGAAAAAAACGUUAACAGAAGAGAAAUACAAUCGAAAGGACAAAGUAAACGACCCUAUAUCAAAAACCAUGAUAAAAUGGCAUGAUGAUGACAAGUAUUUUUGUAAAGAUAUUAGAUUCGUCGAACAUGCAAAAGAUGUUAUAAGAAAGAGCAACAUGGUGAUAAUCAUCGGAAGCAACGGGGCGGGGAAAACUGCAACUGCAAGACAUUGCGCCUUAAAUCUUCAAGGAGAAGGAUGGAACGUUUUCCCAAUUCUGGAUGUAGGGGAAAUCAUGCAGCACCAUGACGCUAAUGCUAAGCAAAUUUUUGUUUUGGAUGACCCUAUAGGAAUACUGUGUUUAAACAACAGGAAAGCAGAAUAUAUGAAAGCACAUCUGAAAGAUAUGUUUUCAGAUUUUAAAAAUGAAAAACAUAAAUUGGUCAUAACGUGCCGAAAAGUGGUGUACAAUGAAGCUAAAUUUUAUCACUCAUUUGACAAUUUUAGUGUUGUUGAUCUGGAAAAUGAGAAGUAUAGCUUGAACAUGCAAGAAAAACUUAGAAUGUUACAGAUAUACAGCAUCGACAGUUUAGUAGAUCAGUCCUCUCUAGACAAGAUUAAGUUUAUGUUUCCUUUAUUGUGCUAUCUUGUAUUUAGAGACAAAGAUAAUCUGCUCAAUUCUGAGGAAUCAAACGUACAUUUAGCGCCCCAUGAGUAUCUUCUUAAGCAACUUGACACCAUGAAACACGAUGAGGAUACAAAAUUGUCAUACGUCUCACUUGUAUUUCUGAUGUUGCUAAACAAUAGCCUCACAGAUCAUGACCUACGGCAUAAAGCAUCUCUGCUUGGACUAGUCGCUCAACGAUGUGCCGUCAAAACUUCUUUCUCUGCCGAAAUAAUGAAGAAACUAAAGCUAUUGGAAAAUACAUAUGUAGUGAAGACAGAAUUUGGAUAUGAAUUCCAGCAUGAUUCUAUUUUCGAAAUUGUUGCAUAUCAUUUCGGUCAGGAAAAUCAAGAUUUAAUUAUCAAAUAUUUGAGCAUGGAAUAUCUAUGCAACAAUACUGAUACACAGUGUAUAGGUAAAAAUGAAAUGUGUCUUAUAAUUCAAGAAAAGAAUUUUAAUGAUCUAGCUCAACGGCUUUUUGCAGAACUAGAAAAACUGCAUCCACAAAGGGAUGACAAUACUAUAAAACACGUCUUUCAUCAUAAAUGUUGGAGCAACAGCACAUUUAUCACCUGUGUAUUAAACCAAUUCAAGGCAAAACCCCUUUGGGAAAAGUUCACAAAAUUUCAUGAAAUUAAUCAAUCAAAAGCAAAUGAAAAUUUACUGGACUCAUUGAAAACAGACCCUUUAGAACUUGACUUUCCGGUAGAAAGAUACGCCAAAAAUCCUAUAUAUUGGGCCAAACGAUCAGGGGAGCAAAAACGUUUUAGGUUCAUAGACUGGAUUGUAUGCAACGGACACCUGCCUUUCUUGGAAGAACUAAUUUCAAAGAGAGGAAAGAAAAUUAAUAAUCCCAAAAGCUUCCUCUGGUUAGCAAUUUACAGCGCGAGGAAGGAUGUAUUGGACUUCAUUCUUAAAUACAUCAGUAAUAAUAAUAACAGAAGUACAGAGUCAGUUUCAGAGUGUGUGAAUGAAGCUGGCAAAUCGUUAUAUACACCUUUAACACUUGCCUGCUCGAUGAAUGCCAUGGAUGUUGUAAAAUAUCUAGUAGAGAACGGUGCUCAGGUUGAUAAGUAUGAUCUAAACAAACGACACCCUCUUUGCAUUUCGAUAAAGAAAAAAUAUACAGCAAUUUUAGAAUAUCUGUUGAAAGAAAGCCCAUUGAUACGAUCGAAUGAUAAUGGACUUCCGUCGCCGUUCGACUUCGCAUUAGACACAGGAAGCGAUAUUCUGAAAAUUUUGUUGGAGAACUGUCACCCUGAAUCUACUUCAAAUGAUAGAAAAACUCCUCUUCAUUAUGCAGUGAAAAAAUGCUUCUAUGAAACCGUAGAUCGAUUGAUUGCAAAUGGCGCAAAAAUAAAUGCUAAAGAUACUAUAGGACAAACAGCCUUGCUUCUUGCAUGCAAAAAAAGUUGUGCAAAAGCAAACAAUGGAGUUGUUUUCCUGUCAAAAAUCAUUGUUCAAACUCUUGUUGAAAACGGCGCAGACGUUAAUGUUUGUGAUGUUAAUAAAGAAAGUCCGUUACUCGUUGCAAUAAGAAACGAAAACAAGGAACUGAUUAGGUACUUGUUGAAAAGACACCCCAAAGUACAUGUGGGUAACGAUACAGAAAACUCUGGCAUUCUGAAGCUACUCCUGGAGAACUGUCAUCAUGACUCCACUCUACAUGGUGGAAAAACUCCUCUUCAUCUUGCAGUGGAAAACAACUUCCGCAAAAUUGUAAGAGAUUUGAUUGCCAGAGGAGCCAACAUCAAUGCAACGAACAAAACGGGACAAACAGCUUUGCACAUUGCAUGUAGACUAAAUAAUGUUGAAAUUGCAAGAUAUUUAAUAUUUGAAAAUUGUAACACAAAUGUAAAAGACUGGCAGAACAAAAUUCCUCUACAUUUAGCUUGUCAAAGCGGGAAUUUGUCUUUAACCAUGCUAUUGUAUAACGAAGACGCCGGUAAAUGUAGAGACGUUUUCCAAAAGAUACCGAGAGAUUAUGUGCGUAGUCAUGCGAUUCAGAAGUUCUUACAGCAAAAAGGAAGUGAUUAUUAACGAUUUCUAUCAUCUAUGUAAUUGUACAAGUUCAGUCUUGACUCUCGUUGAAAGUAGACGUUUGCAUACAAUUUGUUUGGUUUAUUUGACUUUAGUCAUAUUCUAUAUAUCGAAUAAACAAAGUUGCUUUUUGGUCCCGCUUUAUGGCAUCAUACGAAUGAUGUCAUAAUACGUUUGGCUGUUCUAGUUCCAUUUUGUUGCUACUGCAAUAUUGGUCCACGUUAUACAAACUCCAUACGAAGUAUUUUCUAUAGAAUUAUUCAUCAAAUAAUAUCAAACGCGAUUCACUAAAUUAAAUUAUAAGGAAUGAAA